AUGGAUAUCCAGCUCAGAAGGUUGAUGCGUCACAGGGCUGAUAUAGUUGUUGGCACCCCCGGAAGAGUUGAGGACUUGUUAUCAAGCCUUCCGCAUUUCAAUAGACAAUGCAUGGAAAUUAAAACUCUAAUCCUCGAUGAAGCAGAUCAGUUACUGGAUUUGGGAUUUCGUGAAGAUAUUGAGAGGAUUAUUCAAUAUUAUCCAAAGGAUCGUCAAACGUUUCUAUUUUCUGCCACAGUUUCACCACAAAUCCGACAAAUUGCAAAAUUUGCACUUAAGUCAGAUUACACAUUUAUCGAUACGGUUGAUCCGAAUGAUGUAAACACAAAUGUUCAAGUAAAGCAAACAUAUGCUAUUAUCCCUUAUCAUUUCCAUCUCGUUGCAAUCCGCAAAAUAAUCAAUGAUCAUAUGAAACAACACAAGAAUGGAAAAAUUAUUAUGUUUCUGCCGACAAGAAUGUCAACUAUACUUUACGCAGAUUUUCUUCGAAAUGUUGGCGAUGUUGAAGUUUUUGAGCUUCAUUCUGGAAA